UCCAGUGCCAGCCAUCACCUUGUACCAUUCCAAAAUGACUUGGAAUUGGUGCUACAGUGGAUUCUGUCGGUGGGUAGCGAAUAGUCACUUGUAGAGGAAACAUACGAAUUCAUAUGAAACGGUGCUUGUAAACGGGAUGACGAAGGUUGCUUUUGCAAUUGAGCAUAUAAAACUGACUUUGAUGAAACCAUACCUUGGCUCUUUAACAAGGUCAUGGCAAAUUCAUUAGUUUUUUUUUUGUUUUGAAAAGCAAUUAUCUUACCUGUGUCGUAAGAAAAACCAUCAUUAGCUUGCGUAGAGCUUUCUAUUUGGUUAGUUUGCUGACUCGGUCCAAUAUCUUGCGAUGUGUUCCGAGAUAUUUGCAAGUUAGAGCAAGCUUUCCCAGUUGUGCUACCGGGAUUACGACCGAGAUCAGAAAUUUUCAAUUUGGAGGUGUCUUCAAUUAAUUUAUUUAUUUGGCUGGUAUUACUGCUGUUCGAAUUUACUCUGGCAGUACUUUUAGUUGCACUACUAUUUUUACACGUGUUGCGUGCAAAUAACCAAUAAUUAAAAAUGUCAAUAACGUGAUGCCAUGCCGUCAGUUUUUAAUUCGCCUUAAAAAUUUCAUUCAUGACAUAAGGUGAUGCCAUGCCGUCAGUUUUUUAAUUCGCCUUAAAAAUUUUACAAGAGUGAAACUAAAACUGUGUUUUUCCAAACUAUGAGGCAUAACUCAUGCUCAUGAAUUUUAAAUUCAAUUUUUAUUGCAAAUACCAUACUUGAAAAAUAUGUUUUGCUAGCAAAUAACGCAAUUGCAAACCGAAAGUCUCCUUCUACAGCAGUACAUGUAUGCAUUGCCCUUGAACUUACUGAGCAAGAGGUACUUUAUUGACAAGUCACUUUGUCGAAAACAUGCGACAAAAAACAAUAACGAUAACAUAAAUUUGAUGCUAAAGGCAAAAUGUUUUUUAUUUAAUUAUUAUUUGCAACACUAUGGAAAGGAAGAUGACUCGCUACAGUACCUUGUAGAAAACCGCGGCGGUACACCCAAACCGGUACCCGCUUUCUUGCACGCUGUGCAAGGGAAAGCAUCCAUUGCGGCUCUGCUCGUCCUUCCGGGCCAAGACACCGGAGGGGCGCCUACGGUAGGCACUCAUAGGCAAAUACUGUGUAAAUUGCCUUGCGGUCAACCAGAGGUCAGCGAAUUGCUCCAGCGACGCACGGUGCCGGCGCUGCAACGAGAAGCACCACACAAUGCUCCACAUCGGGGAGAAUACCCGUCGCCGCCCCCAGUGGCUCAAAACCAUUCAUGGAGCGAACAAAUAAGUUCCGAUGAUGCUCUCUCCAUCGAUGCAUCAGACCCUGGAACGGAGACUAGGCCUCUCCAACCAGAACCGGAAAAGGGAGCACUACUUGAAACCGGAGCGGAAACACGGCCUUUCCGCCCAUCACAGCGAGGGGAAACGGAAACCCGGACUUUCCGCCCCCUUCUGCAACACGAACGUCGCACGCACAAACGCCGUCUGCGCCGUCGCCAAGCGCACAACCCGGCCAGACUGGAGACUAGGUCUCUCCAGCUUCACCGGGCUAGCUCCUUCAGAGCCGGGCUAACAAAUCGAGCCAGCAUAGAGGCUCAUUCCUUGCUGCCAAUGACAGCCAUUUUACCGACGGCGGUGGUAAAGAUCGAGGCAAGAGGACGCCUACAUUUAAUUAGGGCUCUCAUAGACGCAUGCGCCCCUACGUCGCUAAUUGCGCGCGACCUAGCAAGGGAAUUGCAACUAGAGCAGACGCAUAUCGGCGGUCAACGCGGCUGCCUUUUAGUACUGCGAGGCAGACAUGGGACAAAUACCCGCAUAUCGACGCAUGUAAGGGUAAUGAACGACUAUAUGCGCAUCAGCCCGACCACCACGUUGGACUGCGACAUAGCAGCCCCAUACACCCACAUCAAACUGGCGGAUCCAAAUUUCUACAAGUCGUCGCCGAUACGCUUGGUGCUCGGCGCGGAUGUAUACUCCCGCAUCAUGACCCAACAGGUCAUGCCACAAACGUUUGGGCAGCUUCUCGCUCAGGGCUCCAUUUUCGGCUGGGUGCUUUCGGGUACGGCCCGGUACUAAAUUAAGCUAUUUAAGUAUUGUUUUUUUUUUGCAUUUUUAUUUAGAAUAAGUAUUGUUUUUUGGAUUCUUAUUUUAAAAAAUAUAAUUAUAAUAACAAAUGAAUGAA